AUGAAUUCUCCUCCAAGAUUGAAGAAGCACAUUCGAUUCUCAUCUACUUAUUCAUCCACUUCCUCUGUAGAUGAUGUUGUACAACGUGGAUCAACCCUACCUCAAGUAGAAACCACUGUCUUACUGAUCCAAGAUGUGAUUUCUCUAAGGUCAGUGUGUCCCUCUCAACAAGCUAAACAUGUUCCUCCUAUAGUGAGACCUCUUCAUACUACUUCUUUUUAUCAAGGGGAAUCCAGCUCCAAAUUUCAAACUACUAUGAUCUCUCAACUCCUUCUAUUGGUGCCGAUAACUCAAUUAUUGGGAAAAAAAACUGACUAA